AUGCCGUCGUCCGUGUGCCCUGUGGACCCACGUUCCGGCAUGCCCAUCUUCGACCUUGACACAAUCGACCCCAAUGACGCCAACUCGACAAUCGACAUCCUGUUACACCACUAUUUCACGACGUCGUCCAUUGCCGUUCAUCGACUCAUCUUUAUGGUUAUCUUUGACCUGGCAAAAGCUAACUUUCAAGUACCGUUCGCUGCACUGGAGCACGCCCUGGCGACUUGUCUAGACCAAGGGCUUGCGUCAGUGAUUGCAACGUUCCCCACGGUGCUGUUGCCCGCACAUUUGACUCGAUUACUCGGUCGCUUGGACGCCAAAGUUGACAACGAUCUGCUUGUCGUACUCACCGAAGUCGCCCAAGUGGCGCGAGUCCGCGACUACUUUGACCAGUGCUCCACCCUCGCACAAAUUGUGCAGAAACGUCGAUGGCUCGACGUGUCGGUGGUGAACACCAGCGCCUCUGCAGGAGGCGGCCAACAUUUGGAUCCCGUGCAGCGCGCCAUGUUCUUGAUUGGCAGCGCUGUCCCAGAAGAGCGCUUUAAAGGACAGAGAUGGCUGGCCGAACUCCUGGUUGACCCGACCGUGUCGACGAUUGGCGACGAGUCGAGUGUGGAUACGAAGCACGCGCUGCGGCUACAAGCACGCUCAGCAUUUUGGGAAUCUAUCCGUUCCAAAUCCAUGUCCAUGCGACUAGCGAUGGUGCAAGUGUUGGCUUUGGUGGCCAAGCGACGGUUGGUACUGUCGUCGUUCAAGGCAACGUUACCUUUGAUCUUGAAGGAGGCUAACGCAGUUGCGAAGACGUGGGUCGACCACGCCAACGACUUAUCGUCUGAAGAUGCUGACGUCGCGUGGGCGGCGUUGAUGGAAUUUGCCCUAAGUAUGUGCAGCCGUCAGUUGAGCUUUGUGCAUCGCCGAGCCAGGCAACUCUUGGGCACGCAGGUCUUCCAGAACAGUUCCACCGAAGCUGCGUCGAUAAUCCGCGCGUUGGCGCAUGGCUCCAUCGCGCUCGAUCGCGAGCUCUUGCAGGAGCUAACAGGAGACUGCUACCUCGCCGCGUUGCAUGCCCUGGCGAGGUGUCCAACCUCUGGUGUCGCAGGCGUCGUGUCCAUGGUGGUCAAGGCGAUGAACAGUGAAGGCCAACAGUUCGCGAGGCUUGGCGGCAUCGCCAAGUUUCGCGCGUUCCUCGAGGCCCCGCACUCGCCGCUCGUGUCCUUGCACGUGGCCGAGCUGAUAGUGUCGAUGGUGCGAGGCACCAACAAGGACGUGUACUUUGCAGCGCUCAAGGACCUCCACCUGCAGGCGCAGGACGUUAGCGACGAGCGGGUGCUGGACAAUCCAUACGUCCAUUGUCGCCAGCUCUUGACACGGCUCUACCACACGUCCAAAAUCCCGAUCGAUUAA